AUGAGAAUUUCAAACCUUCCCACGGAGUACUGGGCGCCCAGAAUUCUCCAAUCCAUUGCAGCAGGAGCUGGGGAACCAAUCUUGAUUGACGCUGCCACUUUGAAUCAUGCUUAUGGACAUUUUGCUCGAGUUCUUGUGGAACUCGACAUGAAUGAGCCCCCUCCGCAGCACAUCCUUGUAGAAAGGGAGGGAUAUGCUUUUAACGUGAAUAUAGUCUAUGAAAAUUUGCUUGAAUUUUGUUUCACAUGUCACAAUAUUGGUCAUAAUGUGUCCACUUGCAGGAACCGUAAGAAGUCCAACAUGGAUGCUGAACCUGAAGAACUGCGAACAAAACUCAAUAGGAAACGUGAAUGGCAACGAGUUUCUAAAAAAUCAGCCUCUGACCCGAACAUAAAUAAGGCUGAACUGACCAAAAAUGAUGCAACAAAUCCUACUGUUGUAGAUUUCGGACCUACCUUGAAUGAGGACAAUGACGACCUCAUGAUGGAGGAGGAAGCGGAGAUGGAUGCAGCUACCAACAAGUAUAAUGGAACUGGUCCAGCAAGAUCUCCGCGGAACCCAGAAGACGAUAGCACUGAUUCAGAAUUAGGCUCAGAACCAGAAACUCUAGCAUCUAAUAUGCCAUUCCAGCAACACCGUAUAAGUCAUCAUAACUCAGUGGAUAAUAUCCAUGAUUUAACUGUGCAGGUGAAGUAG